UUACUCAGGUUUCAUUAUUAGUGUACAUGAGUCGUGUGUGUGUAGUUGUGGUGUUUAGUUCAGCUGGUAUACACAUGUGCUGUUAAAGUUCUUGAUCAAUUAGGAUUAGCAGCUUCUAGUUUUAAGACACAAAAAUGGCGACUGAAGCCCGGCAUAGAACAAAAUUGAAUGCUCCUAAAGAAGCGAAAUCAAACUUAGAACAGACUGAAACCGAACAAAGACCGAAGUAUUGGGACCCCCUCACAGACGGAGUAAGAUGGAUAGAGAAUUACGCAGAACCUUUGGAGAAGUUUUUCGAAAGGAUACCAGAGUUCAUCAGCACGUUUAUUGCUACGUUUGCCAUCUUCACAUUCGGAGCAACGUUAAGAGGAGAAUGGGUGGUCAUCCUCGUGACAGCGCUGAAGCAGUUUGCGGGACACACGCAGAGCGACAGAAAUGUGACGUCAGAGGAAAUCUUCCAGCUGUUCACGUCUGAGAAGCUGAAGAUGGAGAACUUCGGCGUCAUAUUCAUUGCAGCACACGCUGUGUCACUCUCCGUGUAUUUCUUGAUAGGCGGAUUCUUACAUUGGUACUUCUACAUGAAGCAACGCGACCGCGCGCACGAGUGGAAGAUCCAGCCAACAAAAUGGCUGUCUCCCGAGCUGGAGCGCCACGAGAUCAUGGUGGGGACCUUCUCUCUGCUCAUCGUGGGCUCCUUCUCAGCCUUCCUGGCUACGUACAUCUACAACGGGAACCCCUCGACUGUGUACUACCAGUUCGAUGAAUACGGCUGGUGGUGGUUCUUCCUGCAAUUCCCAGUUGUCUUCAUUUAUUCUGUGAGUAUUUUGAACAUGGUUUUACUGUAAAUAAAAAAAACUAUC